UUGAUGUUCCAUCUUCGUGCCUUACGAACCAGGCUUGACUCUUGAGGGGGAGGGCACGACGCAAAUGGCCGGUCUGUGCCCCCUGCGGCGGGGAGCGGGCAGCUGCGCCCCACCAACUACUUCCCUUCAAGAAACACCUGGGCAUCACUCUCACACUCCACUCACACGACCACCCCCCAGACUUACGCGCAUCCACUCUCAGCUCAACCGGUAUUCUGUACCCCCGCGAACGCAACAACAAACCCACCCACAGCGCACAGGCAACAGUUGUUUGUAUGUCCAUCGAGAAUCUUAAGACCUUCGACCCGUUCGCGGAAGCCGAUGAAGGCACCGGCGAGAAGUCCUCAGCGCAGUCCCAGGACUACAUUCACAUCCGUAUCCAACAGCGUAAUGGCCGCAAGACGUUGACCACCGUGCAAGGUCUGCCUAAGAAGUUCGACCAGAAGAAGAUCCUCAAGGUCAUCAAGAAGAAGUUUGCCUGCAAUGGAACCAUAGUCGCAGACACCGAGAUGGGUGAGGUCAUCCAACUCCAGGGAGAUCAGCGCAAGGACAUCCAAGACUUCUUGACCGACAAGAAGGAGGGCCUUGGUCUUGAUGGAAAGACCAUCAAGGUCCACGGUUUCUAGACGCUAUCAACUGCGAGUCCUCUCCUCCCGCCACCCGCUCCGAGCUGGGUGCCGCGGGAUACAGGCGUUUCCCCUCACUCGUUUAUGGCGCUCUUUUUGCUGAGGCUGACACGGAAGAAACGGCACGACCUGCCGAUAGGACGGAGACCACGGGACGUUUGCAGUAUGCGCUGGACAGUGGGAGUGCUUCAUGCGUCUAUCAUGACGAGAAUGGCUAGAAUUUUCACGACAUGAAUAUACACACUCCCACCCUUGAA